AUGCUAUUAUCAGCGCAAUGGCGCCCUCAUUCUGAGCAACUAAAGCUGUGGAUUAUUGGCUCAGCGAGCGACGUCACGACACUUUCCCUCGCCCGCGACUAUGUUAAUAACCUCGAUGUAGGGAGCGUUUUACAAACGUUCGAAGAUGGUUUGGAGCUCACUGGCAUUCUUCCUGUCAUCAAGUAUCCUCUUGGCACACAUACUUUCUCGAAGCUCUCUGCUCACUUCGAAGCUUCUGCUGGCGAGCUCAACGCGAGCGAACUUCACCAGCUUGCGUCGAGCAUCAGCCUCUCCCCGGAGAACUUGGAUUACUAUGAUGCAACGUUGAGCACCCCCGGUGUCAUAGCAGCGAUCCGAUGCUGUUUACAACGUGCAGACAACUCAGAACUGAUUGCCUUUGCACGACCGUUUUGGCGGAGAUGCGAGCAAGCGCUGCAAGUGAGUACAGGACUGGCUUCUCUGGUUACUCAAAUCACUGCUGAUGAGCUGGCAUUUCGCCUUUCCACCUCUAGCGACAAAACUACUUUUUUUGAUAUUACCCUGAUGGAAGGCUUGCCACUGGAGCAAAAGGGUAUGGAAGGGUUAGUAAAGCACUUACAGUCCGCCACGGAGGAAUUGGAGAAAGCAGACCUUUUAGAUCUGCUGGAGAGAAUUGCAGCGCCAAGGAACUCUCAGCGUUAUGCAACAUGGGGUAUGGCUGUUCAGAAGGCACUUAUCGAGAAGGGUGGGGUGACAGAUGCUAAUUGUUUUGAGGUUUUUGUUAGGCUCAUGCUCACGGGGACAAUCAUUGACGAUUCAAUCUGUCGCCAAAUAUGCAAAGCAAGUGGGUGCAUUGGCUCUGAGCGUACUCUAGAAGUGCUUAAUGCGUGGCGAGAUUCGAAUUCAACUACAUGCUCAGGCUCUACUUCCCUGGAAGACGUGCAGGCGGCGCUGCAACGCCACAUACGCGUGCAGCUAGAGCAGUCUCAGCCUGAAACAUCUACUGUGGAAUACUUGGAGUGGGUGUUGUGCCUGUCUUUUUUUUCCCAGACAGAUGCAUCAUCCUUGCUUAGCAGGGCCGUGACAAGCGGAAGACUCUCCGGCGAGCUAUCUGCGAAAGAAACGGCGGUUGUGUGUGAUGUUAUGAUCAGCACCUGCGUCAUUCCCCACUCGUUGCUCUCCGCUAUUCGUCGCAGCGUGGAAAGCAAUGAGCUCAGUCAACGCGCCAGUGUGCACGCACUGUACAUACUGCAACGAAGUGGCAUAAAGGCCUCACCUACUCUUAUCAAGAGAGCAAUUGGUCGCGCUGGGGCGCGUCUCGUAGCUGCUUGCACUCCCAAAAAAAGUGUUGACGACGAGCUUUCUCCCAGGGAUAGGGCUCUACUGGUCGCAGGACUCUGCUUUGUUGACGAUGAACAGCAACCCGUCCUGUUGCGGCGAAUUGUCGAGUCUCAGGAGGUGUCUCUCUCCGCUGCGAUGUGUUUCCUUCGCCAUGCGGGUCAGGCAACUACGAAUUCAAGCCGUUGGGUCAGAAAGACCGCACUGAGUCGGGUACUAAGGUCUGCGAGCAGUUGUUGUGCGGAGGAACUCAGCCUGGUUCUCUCAGCUCUUUCUGAUCUCGGCGUUCGGGACGCAACCGCGUUUCAGCGCGUGCUCGAAGAACUGAAGCGAAAAGCUCCCCGCACAGAGGACGUGGUAGUGGCUGCAAAGGCAGCGCGUAAUUUAAGACUUACGUCGCUUCUUGAGCAAUCAGAGCUCAUUGAGAGCUUGAGCCACAUCGCGAGCGUUUCCUCAGAUGAUCUUCUAGUUCUGCUGAGCUGCUGCACAGCAAAGCAGCGGCAAGCUCUUUUGCUUUUCCCGGAUGUGACUGCGGCUCUCAAUCAGAUUUCACUCGCGGAUAGCACGACUUCGGAUUUGGUGCUGCUCUUUACCUUUUUAUCGUCACAAGACGGCAAGAGAGCAGAGGUGGUUGCUGAGCUGCAAACCCGAGAGCCUGUUGAGCGAGGUGCUCUCUCUGCUGAUGAUGUCUUAGCAGCGUUUGAGUCUGUUGACUCCAGCCAAGAGGUGGAGAACCUUGGCAGGGUGCUCAUCCGAGCUGUUCAAAACUGCGGAGAGAGCCACUUGAUGCGCCUACUCCGAUGUGCUAGCAGGUAUUCGAAGGUUCCAAAAACCUUCUUUCGCCUUGCGGGGAAGCCUAUUAUCUCUGCAGCGAAUGAGAAAAGGUUGUCCCCUGUCAACGCGAGCGCGUGGCUGAACUUUUACGUUAAUAACCAGAUCCGAGAUGAUAGCGUUGGAAGGAGCCUACUCUCAUUGCUAUCGCGUGCACAAUCACGCUCUCCUUCGCCGCUCUAUCAAGACUAUUGCCGAGGGGCUCGAUUUUACGGAGUCAACGUGAAAAAAACCUCAAAGAGAAAGCAGCUUUCUGAUUUCUCGCUGCUGUCUCCUCAAUAG